AUGGGCAGCAAACCGCCGUCUCGGUCGGCCUCAAAUAUGCUCGAGAAGGGGCUCGUUCCCCGCAUCGAGAAGCUGGGACCGGAGUUGGAUGUGGACGAGCUGGUCGAACAGUUGCGCAAAACGCACCGCGAGUACCAGAGGAUCAAGGCGCAUCCGUUCAAGAUGGCCGUCGAGCGCGCGCUGUCCCAGAUAGCGCCCGAGAAGGCCGCCGAAGUCCAGGAUGCCGGCGAGGGAGGCCGGACACGCAGCGGUGCGGAGGCGGGUGGCGGGGGGCUCCCCGCGCCGGGAGCCGCGGGCGCCGCGCCCGUGCGUGGCGUCAACAACGCGCUGGUGAAGAUGUACCAGCAAGGCAACGCCGACAGGGCCUCGGACGCCCCCACCGGCGAGGAGCAGCAGGCCGGCACAGCGGCCCGCGAGGAGCAAGCGGCCGAGCCGGUCGCAUCCGGCGGGCCGGUGGAGACACUGGAAGUCAUCGAGGACCCAGCCCCGCGACCCGCGGACGAUGCGGAGGCCGUGCAGAGCACCAAGCCUGUCCGUCGCAAGGCCUCCGAGGCGGCCGGCGACUCAGGGCGGCGCAAACGUCAGCGCACGAGCAAGGGAACACGCGCGACGUUCGCGGCGGAGCGGGAGCCCGCGGCGGUGGACCUCGAGGACCUGGGGGGCAUUGACCACGUCAUCCAAGACAUCAAGGAGCUGAUCAAGUACCCCCUCGCGCACCCCGAGGUCUACCAGCACCUCGGAGUAGAGCCGCCGAGGGGAGUGCUGCUGCAUGGGCCGCCGGGCUGCGGCAAGACGGCGCUUGCGAACGCGAUCGCCAGGGCGUGCGGCGUUCCGUUCCUGCGGAUAUCGGCCCCUGAGGUGGUCAGUGGGAUGUCUGGGGAGUCGGAGGCGAAACUCAGGGCCUUGUUCCAGGAGGCGCGUGAGGUUGCACCGUGCAUCGUCUUCAUAGACGAGAUCGACGCGAUCGCGACGAAGCGGGAGAACGCCCAGCGGGAGAUGGAGCGGAGGAUCGUUGCCCAGAUGUUGACCUGCAUGGACGACCUCUCCUCCCGACCUGCCAGGCCGAAAGAAGGGGACGAGGACACUGCGGCGGAUGCGCCGCGUCACGUCGUGGUGAUGGGGGCGACGAACCGGCCGGACUCGCUGGACCCAGCGCUGCGGCGCGCGGGCAGGUUCGACCGCGAGAUAUCCCUGGGCAUCCCCGACGAGGCCGCCAGGGAGCGCAUCCUGCAAGUGCUGGCGCGGGGGCUGCGAAUAUCCGGGCAGCUCGACUUCCGGCAGAUCGCGAAGCGCACGCCGGGGUUCGUGGGAGCAGAUCUCACGGCGCUGAUCAAGGAGGCCGCGGCCAUCGCCGUCCGGAGCGUGUUUCAACACCUGGAAGCCGGCGGGGGGCCCAAGGGAGACGGCGACGAGCCCGCGCAGGGGGACGCGGCCGCGGCCGCGGCUGGGGACGGCGAGGGCGUCGGCGGGGGCCAGCUGAUCGGCAAGGUGCUGGGCGAGGAGCCUCUGACGCCGGCGCAGAUGGCGGACAUCAGCAUCGCCAUGGAGCACUUCGAGGAGGCGCUGGGCAAGGUGCAGCCGUCGGUGCGGCGGGAGGGCUUCACAACCGCGCCGGACGUGUCGUGGGACGACGUCGGGUCCCUCGAGGACGUCCGCGAGGAGCUGGCGUUCGCCAUCUCGCUGCCCAUCCAGCGCCCUGAGCUGUUCGAGGCCAUGGGGCUGCCUGCCGCCGCCGGAGUGUUGCUGUUUGGGCCCCCGGGGUGUGGGAAGACGCUUGUGGCCAAGGCGGUGGCAAACGACUCCGGGGCGAACUUCAUAUCCAUCAAAGGGCCCGAGCUGUUGAACAAGUACGUCGGCGAGUCGGAGCGCGCGGUGAGGUCGCUGUUCAGUCGCGCACGGUCAGCAGCGCCGUGCGUGCUGUUCUUCGACGAGAUGGACGCGCUGGCCCCGCGCCGCGGCGCGGACGGGAAUCAGAGCGCGGAGCGGGUGGUGAACCAGUUGCUGACGGAGAUGGACGGCAUGGACGGCCGGCAGGGCGUGUUCCUGGUGGCCGCGACCAACCGCCCGGACAUGAUCGACCCCGCGCUCCUGCGGCCGGGCCGCCUGGACAAGAUGCUGUACGUCCCGGUCCCAGACGCAGCCGGCAGACACUCCAUCCUCAAGGCGGCGUGCCGGAAGAUGCCAGUGGCCCCGGGCGUGGACCUCGGCGCCAUCGCCCGGCACCCGCGCUGCGAGGGCUUCUCAGGCGCAGACAUCGCGGCCCUCGCCAGGGAGGCGUGCGUGGCGGUCAUCAAGGAGUCCUGCGCCGCGAGCCACCAAGGGCCGCAGGCGCUGAUCGAACAGGCGCACUUCGAGCAGGCUGUCCUGCGCGUGCAGCCGUCCGUGUCCCGGAAGGACCAGCGGGAGUACGAGCGGCUGCGCAACAGGAUCCGCGCCGCGCGGAACAAGAUGCCCGACGUGGACAAGUCCGCGGCCGCGCCCGACGCGCCGACGCGGGAGGGGGACGGCGCCGGGAUGGACACGAGCGACGACGGCCAGGGGCGUGAGGCCGGGGACGAGAAGAUGCUGGUGGAAGGGUGA